UAGGGUGGAAGGCUACGUUUUAUUGCCUCCUAGGCUUAACCCGUCCGGAGACUAACAGGAUAGCAGGCCGGCUCCCUUGGACCAGGAAGAACUCUUGGGAGCAAGAACACUUUGAACCAUGGGGCAUCCCCCGCUGGAGUUCAGCGACUGCUACCUGGACAGCCCUGAUUUCCGCGAGAGGCUCAAGUGUUAUGAGCUGGAGCUGGAGAGGACCAAUAAAUUCAUUAAGGACGUGAUCAAAGAUGGCAACGCGCUUAUCAGCGCAAUGAGAAAUUAUUCUUCAGCUGUCCAGAAAUUUUCUCAGACACUUCAGUCCUUUCAGUUCGAUUUCAUUGGAGAUACUCUGACUGAUGAUGAAAUUAACAUUGCUGAAUCCUUCAAGGAAUUUGCUGAAUUGCUCAAUGAAGUAGAAAAUGAAAGGAUGAUGAUGGUACACAAUGCUAGUGAUUUGCUGAUUAAACCCCUGGAAAAUUUUCGGAAGGAGCAAAUAGGCUUCACCAAGGAACGGAAAAAGAAAUUUGAAAAGGAUGGUGAAAGAUUUUAUUCCUUGCUGGAUCGGCACUUACAUCUGUCUUCCAAAAAGAAAGAAUCUCAGUUACAAGAGGCAGACCUCCAGGUGGACAAAGAGAGGCAUAAUUUCUUUGAGUCCUCCCUUGAUUAUGUUUAUCAAAUCCAGGAAGUUCAGGAGUCCAAGAAGUUCAAUAUUGUGGAGCCAGUCUUGGCCUUUCUUCAUAGCCUCUUCAUUUCCAACAGCUUGACUGUAGAGCUCACACAGGAUUUUCUCCCAUACAAACAGCAGCUCCAGCUCAGUUUGCAGAAUACAAGAAAUCAUUUCUCCAGUACUCGGGAAGAGAUGGAAGAACUUAAGAAAAGGAUGAAAGAAGCUCCCCAGACAUGCAAACUUCCAGGACAGCCAACCAUCGAAGGCUAUCUCUAUACACAAGAGAAAUGGGCUUUGGGAAUAUCCUGGGUCAAAUAUUACUGCCAGUAUGAGAAAGAGACCAAAACGCUCACCAUGACACCUACGGAGCAGAAGCCAGGUGCUAAGCAGCAGGGGCCCUUGGACUUAACGCUGAAGUACUGCGUGAGGAGGAAGACAGAGUCUAUCGACAAAAGGUUCUGUUUUGAUAUAGAAACUAAUGAAAGGCCAGGAACCAUAACUUUGCAAGCUCUUUCGGAAGCUAACAGAAGGCUAUGGAUGGAAGCCAUGGAUGGAAAAGAACCUAUAUACCACAGCCCCAUAACAAAACAGGAAGAAAUGGAGCUGAAUGACAUAGGGUUCAAGUUUGUUAGAAAGUGCAUCAAUGUCAUUGAGACAAAAGGGAUCAAGACAGAAGGAUUGUACCGUACUGUGGGCAGCAAUAUCCAGGUUCAGAAGCUGCUGAAUGCCUUUUUUGAUCCUAAAUGUCCAGGAGAUGUUGAUUUUCAUUAUAGUGACUGGGAUAUUAAGACAAUUACCAGCUCCUUGAAAUUCUACCUCAGGAAUCUUUCUGAACCUGUCAUGACCUACAGACUUCACAAAGAGCUGGUCUCUGCUGCCAAGUCUGACAACCUGGAUUACCGGCUGGGAGCUAUUCAUUCCUUGGUAUAUAAGCUACCUGAAAAGAACCGAGAGAUGCUGGAACUUAUUAUAAGACACUUGGUCAAUGUAUGUGAGCACAGCAAAGAUAAUCUUAUGACCCCCUCUAACAUGGGGGUGAUCUUUGGGCCCACUCUGAUGAGAGCUCAGGAGGACACUGUUGCUGCCAUGAUGAACAUCAAAUUUCAGAACAUCGUGGUGGAAAUCCUAAUUGAGCACUUUGUCAAGAUCUAUUCAGGUCCACCUGAAGAAAGUGCUACACCUCCAGUGCCUCCACCUCGAGUGACAGCAAGAAGGCACAAACCAAUCACAAUUUCAAAACGCUUGUUGCGAGAAAGAACAGUUUUUUAUACUUCUUCUGUGGAUGAAAGUGAAGAUGAAAUCCAACAUCAAACACCCAAUGGUGUUAUCACCAGCAGUAUAGAACCCCCCAAGCUACCACAAUACCCCAAACUGCCUAUUCAGAGGAGUGGGGAAACUGAUACUGAGAGGCAGUCCCCAAGCAGGCUUGUUUCAGAUGGCAAGUUGGAGUCCUGUCCUGAAGUGGAUGUGGGGAAGCUGGUGUCUAGGCUGCAAGAUGGAGGAACCAAGGCCAUAUCAAAGGCCACCAAUGGACCUGUGCCAGGCUCUGGGCCCACCAAAGCACCCUCUUUCCAAAUAAAGAGACCAGCUCCUCGUCCCCUGACUCACCACAAGGAGGGAGACUCUGACAGUUUCAGCAAAGUGCGGCCUCUAGGAGAAAAGCCAACCAUUGUCCGUCCUCCAGUGAGGCCUCCAGAUCCUCCGUGCCGGGCAGCUACUCCCCAAAAGCCAGAACCAAAGCCAGAUAUUGUGGUUAGCAAUGCAGGGGGAAUCUCAUCGUCUGUGGUGGCUUCCAGGACCAGGUUCUUUGAAACAGCUUCCCGAAAACCAGGAAGUUCUCAAGGAAGACUUCCUGGAGAUGAGAGUUGAGGCCUCAGGUUUUGAAAUCCUUGGUCUCAGAGGAUCCUCCACAGGUUCUGGAAGGGUCUUCUUCAAACCCUUGUGUGUUGAGUCAUUUUGUGCUGAGGAGAGCAGCUUCUUCCUGGCCUUGCACCUUCAGGCUCUAGGAUGCUAUAAAAUAAGGGGCACAUGUCUUAGACACAGGUUUAUUUCUCCUAUGUAUUCUGUCUUCAUUCCCUCUGAAGAUCUAUGUUGAGCUACUAUAUGACUGUGAAUGGCUGAACACCCUCAAGCCAGACUGCAGAAACCAAGCUAUCUACUGACCUGAGUUGAAGAAAGAAGCUUAGUUUUCAGCUCUUCUCUGAAUUUCCUGCCUCCUCAGAAGACCAUGGAACUCUGAAAGAUUUUGGACUAAAGACUGAUCUCAAAGGUCUUACCCUAAAGUAGAAGCUACUUGAGUUGGGGGCCAUUGCCCAUUGUAGAAGAGUAGGAAUGUUUGCUGAACAUUGGAGAAUAUUAACAUGUCUCUUACUAAGGAUAAGGAGGCUGGUACUAGGUUGGAGUUCUGGCACUGCAGUAUAUUACCAAGAACCUGUCUGCUCCUAUUGGGCAAGACAGCAUGAGUGAUGCCAAACACAACCUCUUCAUGUGGACUCAAAAAGCGGCCUUCCUGUUUUUACAUAUAGCCACAUAGGACAAAUCUACAAAGAAUAUUUUGCAUGUUGAAGCCUAGGUUUGUUUGAGUUAUUUUUCCUGUUUUUUUUUUUCCUGACAGCUUCAUUUCCAAACAAUUAAGAAAGAUACAAAAGCUGAAAAACAGUUCUUUUAAAAAUGCAAGCUGUAUUUGUCCUGCACGAGUUCCAUUCCUGGGUCAAAUACUGGGAAAAAUUGUUAAGAUGGAUUGAGUCCAGGCAGCUGGCACUAUUGCUUCAUGUUUGCCUUAUGCAGAUAAGCAAGCUCUUUUAUCUCCUCCAAGAAACAACUCCUAUCCCAGUGUCCAUGGAUUCAGAAACUCCACGAAGCUUCUGAAAUGGUAUGCAGAACUCCAUGACAAUGUGCCUUUUCUGGGGAGAUGGUCCAUAGCAUUCUACUGAAUUUCAGAUGGACCGGUGACCCAAUAAAGGUUAAGAACCACAGCACUUGAGAUAAAAGAUUCUAUUUACAACCCAUACAGUAUAUGAUUGGAAGAGCCUUCCAAAAUUAUUUACUCUAACUGCCUAAUUUACCUUUGGAGAAACUGAAACAAUGCAAGUUAUUAGCCAGGCCUAAACAAGAUCCUAGGUCCCUAGGUUCCCGUGCAAGUUUCUUUCCAUUUUACAACACUUGUCUAAUAAGAGACUUUAUUAUUGGUGGCUUUAGUGGUCAUCAUUUUGAGUGUUUGGUUUUUACCCUCUUUACUGAAUCCUACAUACUUUUCAUCAAGUGGAAAACUUUAAGACAUAAGCUCCUGGUGUUCCAUUUGCCAUCUCAGUCAUUGGAAAAGUACUAAAACACAACUGGUUUAUUGAGUAGUCAAAAAUCUGAGUAGACAUCUCUGAGUCUUGUUUGUUGAUGGGAGGCUGCUGGAGAAAGUGUCAUUGCUUGUGUUCCCAUGCAGGUGUCUAGACCAUAGCCUGUCUUUAGAGUCUGUAUAUUUAUAAUGUGACCAAGUGUGACAGAAAGGAUUUUCCUACUUGGACCCUUCUAGCAAGACCCUGACUAUGGAACUGAGAGAGAAGCAUAGACAUGGGUGGGAAGAGGGGAAGGAGAGAAGGAAGGAGAGGGAGAUGGAUGAAGGGGAAGAGAGAGAGAAACACACGUUCUCAAACCGACUCUGAGAUGCCUUUGAAACAGUGUUACUGAAAGGUGAUAGUCACUUUCAAGACUGAACUCAACAUGGUUUAUUGGUGAAUUAGUAACAUGUAGGCUAAACACACUGAGAGCCCUUGUGGAAGUUAUUGAGUGGAAACUUGAUGCCAUUCCCAAUAGACAUGCCCAAGUAGCCACAUAAAACUCUCUCAGCUCUACCCAGUCUCAAAGACCAAGUUAAUAAGAACCAGUAGCAAGAAAGCCAAGUAGCCAUCAUUCUACCUGCUACUCACCCCCAAAGGAAUUUUCUGUGAGACUACUGGCCUCACCCAGGAAGUUCUUGUUGAGCCCUGGUCUCAGAGCUGUGGCGUCUUUGCUCUGCCCCCAUUAGAUGAAUGAUUAAAGCAAGCGGGUGUGUAGAUUUUGGCCACAUAUUGAAAGAUUAUUGAGAACCAGAGAAAGCCACUGCAGUCCCAGUUGAAUAGGUGUCCUAGAAAUGUGACCAUGAGAUUGCUGUGUGUUUUCUGGGACAUAUAUAGAUCAAGACCCUGAGCUAGAAAGUUGGGACCACCAGUAUGGCUGGAUGUCAGGAAGCAGUAACUGGAUAGCUCUGCCCCUGCCCUAGUCUAUACCCAAAGAAUGCCCCCAAAUGAACCUCAGAGCCUCCUCUUUUGCACUCUGAUUUAAAGAGCAAAAACUUUUGUGGUAAGGCACACCAUCAUGGAAUGAGACUGUCUUGGCUCAGGCUUAAUGGAUGAAUAGUCAUUCAGAAGAGGCUAUUGGAAUGGGAUGAUAAUUGAAGAGUGACAACUAUAGGAAAUUACCUACAUACCUUGGCCAGAGGUUAGAUAAACUGUCAGUGGAAGAACUGUAAAUCUUGAACUGACAGUAAUAACAUUUAUUAAGCACCUACUAAGUUCUAAGUGCUUUAUAUACAUAAUCUCCUUUGUCCUUACAACAAUCAUGCAGAGAUGCUAUUCUCCUCAUUUUACAGAUAAAAGAUUUAUGGCCCAGGAGGCUAAAGUAACUGGCUCAAAUUCACACAGAAAGUAAAUGACAGGUCCGUGGCUUGAAAUCCAGGCCUCUCUGACUCCAUGCUGGUUUCCCUUUGUCACACAGAAGCUACAUUACUGGAAUUGGCAUGACUCUAUGACUUUUUCUCCCUAAUAAAAUAUUAGAAGGCCAAAAUUUGAGGGGAAUUUGGGGAUGCAGGUCUAGUUUACAGGGGAACAAAAACUGGGCCGAAAGAGAUUUCUGAGUUGGGCUUUCUCCUCACCUUCCAUUUAUGCAUUCUGUAAUGUUUUUAAAAGGAUCAUUCAAUUUUACCUUGUGAAAUGAAUGGUUUACUUUUCAGUUGGUAGUUGUUGAGUCCUUGGCUUAGCUGUUUUUCAAAGGAAAAAGGAUCCUUGUAUGUGUCUAUGUACUUUACCAAGGCUGUAGCAUGUGUAUUUUCAUUCCAAGAGAUUGGAGAUAUCCACACAAACAGUUUAAGAAUCAAAAAAAGGUAUUUGUGGCUCUCUGGUACUUAUUACCUUGGGGUAAAAUCGUUACAACGUUUUCUGUGGUGAUCGCAAAAUUAAGAGAUAGUGUAAAAUAAGAAAUGUUAUUGAAGUUUUUGCUUAAAAAAUGUGGGGAGGUUGUCCAGCUACAGGGUGUGGAUGUAAAAUUCAGCAUCUGAUUUCAGUAAUGAAACAGUGUCAUAUAAAGUAUAAAAUAACUGGUUUUGUGGGAAAGGAUUCUUCCCUUUUCUAGAACUUCCUUGAUUAUGUAAUAACUAGAAUAGAGUAGAAGAAGAUGUAUCUCUGUGGCCAGAAAACACAUUGCUUUCAAAAGAACGUAGAUCAAUGAUAUUAGUCUUAACGUAGCUGCAAGCAAAUGGCCUUGACACAUUACAAUCCCCAAAAGCUUCAGAAGCAUUUAAAAAUUUCAGAUGGAAGCAAGAUACCUUGAAAAGAUGUUUCUGAUGAAGAAGAAACCUUCAUUUUCAUGAAGCACUUGAUGCCAAGGACAUUAAUAGAUGCUAGAAAGACUGCCUAUGUGAAAUACAUAUGUGACAGGCAAAAGAAGGAGGUCCUUGGGCCCAUUCAUGUGACUUUCAAUAAAAUAUGCAGACUCUCUA